CUGAAACCAACAACAACAACGUCCGUAAAAGACGCAUUUUUUCUCUGUGUCUCGUUUUUCGUUUUUUGUACAUAAUAUUUAAUAUUUACUAAAAAAAUCCUUCAAAUAUAUUUGCUACAAGUGCUUUGACCAAAAGAUUAUUAAAUCGUUUAUAGACUUACCUUAACCUACAUCGUUUUUAGCAUCAAGCAGGUGAGAGAAACAAGAGCAGCAAAUUAGCGAGUGGAGUGAGUGACGUCUUCAUAAUUCUGCGCUGCUGCUAAAAGCAAAAUUUGCGUCAGGCUAAGACAAAGGAAACGGAUAAAGGCUCAACGCUUGUAACCCACGCAUGGCCAACAUGAUAACCAACAAUAACAAUCCGAAUUGUCUGGGCAAUAGCAUACCGGUGGUCGCGACAGCCGGACCGACAGGUACAAAUCCAAAUAUGAGUGCAAAAGACGUCGUUGGAGGUCAUGGUGUGGGUGGCAUAUCUAACCUGCGUGAAAUUAGUGAUUACUUGCUGCCCAACGGUGUAAUGAGUUUGGCUCCAGGUCAGUGCCCUUAUGAUCAUAUAAUUGAAAUGAUACGCGGCCUGGAUCUGGAGGAUGAUGGUAUCACAAUGAAUCACAAAAUAAAAUCUAUCGAGACUGAUUUUUGCAACAUCGUCCGGGAUGAAAAUAUGCUUUGCGAAUCAAUGGCUUACAUCAAUGACAAAGCCCUGGAAGAUGGAGAAACAGCUUUAAAAUUUGCUCUACUCUUUGCCUCACGCAACUUUGAUGUACUUGCCAUGAAGGAAACUAAGGUGCGCACCGCCAUGUUGACACUCCUACAAAAGAAUUUUGUCAACUCGGAUACUUAUCGUCUGUAUGACCGUGAGCGUCUGUAUAAUUCAAUAACAUUAUUGGGUGAAUAUUACCAUCGUGUUCGUUUAGCCGAUAAUGCACCCAUCACAAUACUUGGCGAAUCAUUGCUUAGUCUGCUGAUUCGCGAGAUCAGCGAAGAGAAGAAUGUGAAUAAUGUUAAACUAGCCAAAUUAAUAUUGUCACAAAUCACCAUAAAUGGUGGCCUAUUGCGUAAUUUACACAAUUCCGAUUUGUCGCAACUUUUGUAUCACAUUCGUAAGAAUUUAAUCGAACAGCCCAAUCUGAAGCCGAAUGUGAAAGCCAUUAUGUUAAUGACUUUGGACUUGUUCUACAGCAAUUUCGAGAGUUUGGGCUCCCAAUUGGAAGUGAUGUAUGAGAAAUACUUAAUAAUGGAGGAUGACGAUGUCGAAGAUAUGGGCAAUAACAAUCAGAACCAAUCGUCGCCAACACAGUCUCAACCAACAAAUCAAUUGCAGCAAUCACCACAACAGCUAACACAAUAUAGCAAUACCUGCCCUGGCUCACAACGUCAAAGUCAUCAUUCAGGCUAUGACGAAAAUCCACUGCCAUCGUCCUCGAAUAAUACCAGCUAUGAGAAUGGUGAUUCGGGCAAUGUAAACGAUAAUACAGAAGAAGAUCAAGACAAUUAUAAAAAUUGGACGGAUCAAGUAUGUGAGGACUCAUUGGAGGAAUGCGAUCUAAAUGUGGGAGGUGGAGUAGUAGGAGGAGGAGGAGGCAACGGCAGUACUGGCAGAUAUCAAAAUAAUCAUGGCGAUGAUAGGGAUCAAUUGCAUUCUUCCAAUAGUCGUUAUGAUAAUGAUCCAGAUAGGCAAAGUCGUAAUUCUAGGCGUUCCUAUCAACCUAGACAAUCGCCGAGACCCUUAAAUCAAAACUAUAACAGACAAAAUGAAAACUCAUACCAGAAUGCACGCGAUUCCCAAAAUAGUGGCAAUGAGGAGCGCGACGAAUCUAAACCCCUGCCGCGUUGGAGAGCGCCACGUUUCAAUCGUGACGAUCAACACAAAGACAAUAGGGGACGUAAUGCUCAAAGACGCUUUAGUGCCAGUUUCGAUGAUGAUCGCCAAAGUGUGCGCAGUGAUGGUGGCAGCAUACGUUUGUACAGCAUCAAUGAUCGGCUCAAACAUGCUCAAGAAAAAAUCGAACGUUCGGGCAAUUCGUCCACAUACUCCGGCAUUGCAAACUCAAAUUGGGAUCGUCAAUCGCAGAGAGAUGAUCGCAGCGAACGUUCGUACAUGAGCAAUUAUGAACGCGGCAGUAAUCAUCGUCGAGGUGGACGCCAUUACAAUCAGAGGCCGAUGUAUGAUAAGCCGCCACGGUUUCAGAAAAACAAAGGGGCAAAUAACGGGGGUGAGAAUAAGAAUCAAUCGUCGGAGACAUGGAGGCGUUCCAACAGCAAUCUAAAGUACUAUGAUGAGAAUUCCUCGUACAACAAUACAAACGGUCCCGAAUCGAAUAGUCGCAGUUCGUCACGUGCUCGCACUUUGCCUAGACCGGCCAAAUCGAGGAUGGAAGGUGGUACAAACAAUUCCUUCAGGCGCAGUCAAAGUCCCAACAGUUAUCAGAGGGGUGGUGGUGGCGGUGGCAAUGGCGGUGGCAUGGGAGGAAAUCACCACAACAGUCACAACAAUAACCAUCACAACAAAAACCGAACACGCCAGUUCGGAAAUAGAUACAGCAGUCAAAGUAGUUUAGCAAGUGAAGCAUCCAGUACAUUAGAUCGCCAUCAUCAUCAGCGAAAUCGCUCGUUUUCACGACGCAAUCCUUCCAUGCAACACCACCAGCAACCACCAAAAGAACUACCCCAACAACAGCCACAAAAUCUCCCACCACCACCACGCAAGGAGAAAGAGAACGAAGAUGAUUGGACAGAUAACGAGGCAACAAAUAGCGAAUUGGUACGUAAUGCUCGUGAAACUACUAAUUACAUGAAUUAUCUAUCGUCAAAAUAAUAUGUUUGGUUUGUAAUUUAACCCCAAAACCAAAAGCAAUUCUACAACAAAAAGAAAACAAACGUUGCUCUUUAUAAUGUAAGGGAAAUAAUGCAUUAGUAAUGAGUGUAGACACCAUUCUAAGUAACAUUUACAAAAUUUACAAUAUGCAAAAUCAAACCAAGCAUCCUCCAUAUAGAGUUAUGUUGUAUGUGUUUUGUCCCCAAAUUUUUAACUUUCAUUUAGAUACACAUACAUACUACCUACUAUCUACCUAUCUAACAACAAUCUAUCAAUUUAUAUUGUAAAUCUCUCUCACUCCUACUCUCUCUCUCUAUGAAUGUAUGUACGAGUAUGUUUGUUUGUGUUUCGUGCGUGUAUUAUAUUUUGUUUAAACAUGUAGGCACUUAAAAUGGAUCACUUUCUAAAUUAUUGAUAAAACUACCUGCCAUGAACAACACUAUUGUGUUAUAUAGAAGAUAGUGAUGGGGAUAAAUGUACAUUGUAUGUUGUCAACUUUUUUUUUUGUAUUUUUUGUGUAUAUAUAUUUUUUUUAGAUACCCUAGAUUUGUAUCCAAAAAUGUUUUGCAUUAGAUUUGCAUUAGAAUUCAAUAAUUGUUUAUAUGUAUCAUUGACUUUGUGCAUGGGGUUCCCCACAUAAACUAUUAGUAAUAUAAAUCUAUGACAAUAUUGGUUACAAAUGUAGAUACUUAGAGAUCCUUUAUAAUUCAAAUCGUAUCAUAGAAUAUCUCCGAAAUUGUUUAAAAAAAUCCAAUCGAUAUAAAACGAUAUAAAACCACUUUAUGAUACUUGUGGGGUUGCAAUGCAAAAAACAAACGGACCUUUAAACAUGAGAGCCAUGCGUGUGUUUUGGAAGUGGACACAAAUUUAAGCAAACAUCACCUGUGUGAUGUAUAGAAACUUUGUACUUUUGUGGCGAAAUCGAAUUCAUUCAUCGAAAUCAAAUGAGACUGCAAGACACUGUUGCCAGAGGCACAGUCGUUGGUUGAACGAACUCUGGUAUUGCCAUUUGGUAGUUUGUAUUUUGUAGACUUAUUCACAUACUGCCUUGUCCCCUUUCUUGUGUACGGGACAUAGUAUGCUUAGGUUCCAAUCAUCGGGUAUGCGUUCUUCUAACCAAAUUGCGCAGACGAGCUGAUGCAUACGCCUGAUCAGCGUGUCGCCUCCGGUCUAAAACAGUUCAGCCGGCAGCCCAUCGGCUCCUGCUGCCUUAUUGUUUUUCAGCGGCACAAUCUUGGAGUGACCGAACUCUUGUAUUGACAUUUGUAAGUUCAUUCAAUGAUGGAUCCAAGCAAGAGGAGAGCGUGGGUUUCUGGGCGAUCAUGGCAUGUUGAGGUGUUAUGGUGUUAACGCGAAGACGUCGACUGUGAAUAUCUUUACGGACAGUAAACUGCCCAUCAUGGCAAUAACAACCUGGAUGGUAAUGUCACGAACAGUCUUGGAGUGUAAGAAGAAGAUUAACGCCUUCGCUGAGGAUGCUAUGAUCGGCAUUGUUUGGUUACCGUACCAAAGCCAUGAUCGGCAUUGUUUGGUUACCGUGUCAAAACGGAGUAAGGCAGAAUGAGAGAGAUCAGACUUUUUAUCCCUGAAGGCCAGAGGAAGCCUUUCGGGGCGACGCAGCCUCAGUUAAGGACAUGGGCAUCGAAUGCAUAUACAUGACACUGGACAACGAAAAUUCUAUGGGAAGGAUCGGAUCGUGAAAAAACGAGACUAUUACAGAAAGGAUGUAAAAAGGAGAUCAGUAAGCAUUUGGUACCUUAAGGGGACACAGGAGUACGAGCUCAAUUAUGCAGAAUAGGUGCGUUUAGUGAUAGCAUGUGUAGGGCAUGUGGGAAAAUGAUAUGAAGUUGGAUCAUUUCAUUCUAUAGCAGACGCAACCUCUUAGGUGGGGACACAAUACCAGUCAUUUUAAAAUUUCUAGUAGUGAGGCCACCGUUAGCAUGUCCGCCUGUGCAGAGGAUAGCAUGUUCGCCUAUGUUCGAGUCCUAGGGAGACCAUAACAAUUUUUUUUUCAACGGUGGUUUACCCCUCCUAAUGCUGGCAACAUUUGUGAGGUACUAUGCCAUUCCAGUUCCUUAGUGGAAUGUUCAUGGGCAAUAUUUGCAAUUUGCAGGUAGUGAAGCAAAUAAAAUUGUUUUGUGCAUCGUAUAUGGGCAAAAACCGCACAUAAUUUCGUUUGCCCGCGGGCAAAGGAAAGACGAACAGAGAAAGCAACUUCCUGUGGCUUCGUUCAGACAGUGCACCACAAAUAUUUGUUGUAUCACCGCCAAUGUCUGUUUAUAACUGUUAUGUUCUUACGAGAUGGUCGAUCAAUAGAAAGUCGAUGUUUAAAACAUAACAAUCAAUUUAUUUAUUUAAACAAUACUUUAAAUGAUAUUAAUGAAAAAUAAAAGGUAAUUAAGCAAGUAUGAUGAAAUUGUCUUUAAGUGAUGUGCAUUGGUUGGCGGUUACAACUUGACUCAGCGUGUGUGCAGAAAUACAAAAACUGUUGAGCCAGCUGCGCUGCCAUGAAGUUGCCAGAUUAUUACAAUAAAACAGAAUAUUGUUAGGGUUACCGUAACAAUAACUGUAUGGAGAAACCAUAGGAGAACAAAUAUGCUACUUUUUUUAUUAUCUUCACUCAUUCACACUUAAUUUCGUUGAAAAAAUAACAACACCAACUUGUAACAGAAACUGAAUUUUACUUAUUUGUACUCACUGAAUGUUAAAAAAUUACCAAAUUGUUGCAAUCAGUUGUAACUGGGCAUGAGGCGUCAGCCCUUGCAUAUGAAGGGGUCAAUCCUGUACGUACAACCGGCUCCAUGGGAUUGGUGUAUGUCUUGGCUUAGGUGUAUGUCCAUAGUGGCAUGGGCGGAUUAAUAUCUGCAUCCUCUUUUCAACCCAAUCUAACCUACCCCCGACUAAUGUUAGCGACAUUUGGAGUAGAACCUAUAUCUACAAGUGAAUCUAUUUAAGAGGAAUUAGUUGAAGGUGUUGGAAAAAAAGCCGGAGAUCGCUGCUUUCAUAUGAAAAUAUGUGAUUAUAACAACAUCAAUAUGAGGAGACCAAGAUCCUUAAGGCAAAAUGAGCAUGUAUCGUUCGAGAUACUAUCCAUAAUGCUACCUUUGAUGUAACACAAAACUUCAUAACACCAAUCAACUAUUUAGAUACCCUGGAAGCGAGCUUUUUUGACUGCAGAGUCACGGUAAACCGCUCCUAGUCUUGAGCUGGAGCUAGACCUGGUGACCAUAGCCGGGUCAGAAUUAUCUCAAAAUCAAUCAAUCUGUAUACUCACAGCGAUUAUUGCUAAACCAACAAUAAGGUGGCCGCUCAAACUACUUAGAGCCUGGACCGUGUCCAGAGGCGGGCGUUGGUGUUGAUUGGAAAUAGUAGGGUAUCCAACUCUAUUGUUUCCCUUGAACAUCGUCGAAAUGUGGGUUGUGUGGCGCUGUUCUAUAGAUUCUUCCACGGUGUGUGUUCUUCGGAAAUCAGUCUUCUGAUUCCUGACUUGAGGUUGUUUGUAAGAAAUACAAAAUUUUCCAAAAGCGCGCACCGGUUUGUAAUCCAUUGGCCAGCUGAUCGGACUACAGAGAGAAUUCUUUUUUCACAAGGACGGUUCGUAUGUGGAAUCGACUUCCGGCGUAUGUUUUUCUCGCUACGUACGUCAAGUGUCAAUAAACACUACACACCCUUUCCCGCUUCUAUCCUCUCCAACGCAAUGCACUGCAUAUAUGGGGGAAAUCCCCUGCGUGUUGGUUGAUUGAAAAAAAAACAUUAUCGUUCAAUCGUCGCAUACAAUCUCAAUUUCGUCUGUUGGGUGUUGUACCGAGUACAGGCGGAGGUUUAACAGUCCCGGCUUUGAUUUUGCAUACCCAAAUACGAACACGCAAUUAAUAAGUCAUCCAGCCUGGUUUGGCUGGUGGGACUUGUUGGGGCUAUCCACUAAAAAGCGUGGCAUGGCUUAUCGUAUCGAAAGCUUUCGAUAGUCGAUAGAUUAUUAUGAAAUCGGUGCUAAUGUUCACCACAUUGAAAGUUUCCAACAAGGCUCGGAAAGAGUACCGCAUCAAGUGCCACUGGUGGGAGAAGAAAAAUCGGUUUCAAUAGAUUUUUUUGAAAAUAUUUGAGUGCAUGACACACAUUACCGAUAUAUGUUAAUUUACUAUAGGUCGAUAACAAACCACAAACCGAGAUUUGGCGCCAAAAGUCGAUCACACAAUUUAGUAAUCAAUUAAUCGAUUUUUUAAGAUUAUAGGGCAACUUCAAAACGCUUUUAAGAUUGUUUUCAACUUAAAAACUAGAAGAAAACUUUCUUUGAUUAUUUUUUUGGAUUUUUUUUUUAACUAGAAGAAAACUUUGUUUGAUUCUUUUAUCGAUUUUUUUAAAGAUAAAAAGGCCUGGCUAUGCUCUCGUAAAUGUACCGUAAAUGUAGAAUAAAUGUAUGGUAAAUGUAAAGAGGCAAUUAUGCUUAUUAUAAAACGUAGCAUUUGAUUUGAAAUAAUUUUAUUAACAAAAAAAAACUUGAAGGUGAGGGAGGAUCUGACGUCGGAAAAUUUUAGGCAAACCUCAAGGGCAGAUCGGAGGAGACGGCCCUCCACGAAAUGGUGCGAGAAGUCGAGACGUCUCUCUUAUUGAAAGAGUACGCGAUGGCGUCUUUUCUGAAUAUUGUAAGGGCAUUUUAUAACGAGGAGAUGGGUCGACAGUCGCAACCCUGAACCGCAAGGGGGUUGAACUGAGUUUCUCCCUGUGUGAUUGUAUGCUACAUGACAGGGCUAUCAACGUGGACUUCGGAGGCGGGCGAUAAGGGGAACGCCUCAAGGGUGGGGUGUUCUCGGGAUUCGCUUUCCCGGGAGAGAAGAAUGGAUAGUUAAUACUGUGUUUGAAGAGAAUGAUACCUUGAUCUUGAUAGAUAGCUCCGAGAUGGAGACAGGGACUGAAUUGGGGCCAUACUCCGACAGACAAAACAUCGGUACGUCAGUGAGACUGCCGGACGAGUGUAUGUCCUUUUGGGCAAAGCUCUGUGCUAUAACGAUAGCCGACGCCUACGACUGUACCGUAUGUGACGCUUACCCCCUACUAUCUUCUUGUAAUUUCUUUUUAUCACAAAUUUUUCAUUUUUUCAUUUUCUUUUCACCACAGAUCAGACUGGCCACCGAGUGAAUUCACCUUUUCAUGGUGGGCUACCCAUUCAGCGUUAACCUAAGCUAUUAACAAUAAAUUGUGAUAAAUUCCACAGAGAAAUCAUAAAAUAGGAGAAAAGCUGUUUUCUAAAUUUAAUUUUUGGUUUUGUUCAAACUUCAAAUUUUGUCAGCUGACACGAAAACGGAAUGUUAAAAUUUGUUUUUACUGAUCUCUACUUUCCGAUUACCAUCGUCAGACGUUCGGUAAUCAUUUGUAUGUGUAUUCAUAAGCCAAAACAAAACAGCUGACACGUUUUCCUACAUUUACGGUAUAUUUACGAGAGCAUAACCAGGCCUAAAGGGUAACUUAAAAAGGUGUUUUUUUUUAUUUAACGAUUUUUGGUUCCAUGUUUCAUAUGAAUGCACUACACAUAUUGUUUCAAUGUGGGGGAGUGCUGGUUAUAUAAUUCCUAUUAUCAUAUUACUACUAACUUGUCAAAGAUUCAUUUCCUACAAAUGUUUGUCGUUUUUCCCUAUGCCACUUUUUGUAUAAAUGUUGUAAGGGAUGAUCUGAAUGUAUGCUCACAGAACUACGAUGUUGCAUGACAAACCUUAAUAGUCUCCUUAUUUGGAUAGAAAGUUGCAUGUUUUUAAAUAAAAAAGGAAAAAUUAAUAAGAAAACACAAAAUAUUUUUCAAUAUAAUGUUUUUGUUCUAUUUCUAGUGAUUAUUUAGGAGCCAUUCUAGUUUUACGCAAAGUUGUUGAAGAAACCUCGAUAUGUUUUUUGCCAACGUCGUAUGUAUUUUGCGAAUAAUUUACACAACAAAAAUGCUAAACGUUUGCUACUACUGCAAAAUAGGAAUAUAGGACCCUAUUACGGAAGCCAUCUUCUUUCCCAUAACCACCAACCAAGAAGUGAGUGGACUUAAAACGAGUUUUUUUUUUGUAUUUCUUUAAUGUUUAUUGCGAGAAACAAAACAAACAAGUAUCCGCAAGCAAGAUAGAGAAAUAGAAGAAGUUUGAGAGAGAGAGAGAGAGAAUAAAUGAGAGACAUACUUAUAAGCGAGAGAAAGCAUGUAGUUUAAGCGUUAUCGUAUGUUAUAGCAAUGCAGAGAAUAUAUAUGUAUUUAAGAAUGAGAUAUAACAAAUUUCUACAUUAUAUAACUGAUGAUGAUGAUGAUGUUGAGGAUCGAUCAAUCCAAUCGUGUGUAUGUAUUUUAAAGAUGAAACGUAUCAAACUACAUUAUUUAAAUGGUCUGAAAGUUAAAACAAAAAACUUAUCUUCAAACAACAACUUAUAUUAAUAUUAAUAAUAAAAAUUAUAAUUAUAAUAAAUAAAAAUCACAGUAAUUGUAAUUAUUAGAUUAUUGUCUUUGUUAACAAAUUAAGCUUUCAUUCAUACACUAAGUUUAAGUAGCCAUUGUUUAAUAAUACAAAGAAAAUCGCCAGCCACAUUUCAUAUCAUAGACAAUGUGGUCGGUGGUCGUUUAACAAUUUCCAUAUUACAUUUAUCAUUGCCGCCCCCCACAACCCCUGUCUGUCAACCUCCAACUGCUCCCUCCUUCCCUUUUCAUCCUGCUAGUUACACAAUAAUAGAGUUUUAUAAGAUUGUGGCAUGUUUAUCAUUUUAAUUUUGAAUAAAAACCAGUUGUAAAAAUUCAUACAUACAUAUAUAAAUAUAUACUACAAACAUAGAAACAUAGAAAAACAAAUAAAGUCAUUUUAAAUGGCCUAUUUUACGCAGUA